AUUUUUGUAAAGGUAUGUGUGCAUUCAUUUAUCUAUACAUUUCUAUUAUCUAUACAUUUAUCUAUGAAAAAUUAUUAUAUAAUAGAUAUAUUAUUUAUUUUUAAAAAACUUAUUAUAUAAUAUCUAAAUUUACUUGUUUAUAUAAUCCUCGUGUGCAGUAGCAUUCCCCCACUCUUACCAAAAGAUAAUACAGCUUAUAUGAUAACAUCAGCAUCAUCCUGAUUAUAUAAUUUGACGUUCAGUGAAAUUUUAUUUACAGUUUGUAUGAAACUAUCGACACUGAAGGAAUCUUAUCGGUUCAUUCUCCUGAAGACAUUUUUUUAAAUCUUCCACGAAUUCAAAAUAUCGCGAUUUUAUAGUUCAUUUUAUGAUAAACUGAUACAUCUGACAGUUGCGAACAGAAGAUACACAGACAGGCAAUUAUGGAUCGUUGGCUUGGUAAAACCGCAGUCGUUACCGGCGCUGGAUCCGGUAUGGGCGAAGCAAUUACACGUGCUCUUCUGCGAAAUGGAGUGAAUGUGGUUGCUCUGGAACUCCUGAAAGAAAGAUUAGCAAAACUUGAUGCGGAUUGUAAGCGAGAACGUUUCCCGGGCAAAUUACAUACUAUAUGCUGUGACAUAACUCGCGAGAAUGAGAUCGAUGCAGCAUUCUCGCAUAUCGAGACGUUAGGUGGUGUGGAUAUUAUGGUCAACAAUGCUGGUAUCAUUGAGGUAUCACGAAUAAUAGAUAGCAACAGGAAGACAUUUGAAAAAGUGUUAAAUACUAAUGUUCUCGCAGUCGCAGUAUGUAUGAAUAAAGCAGUGCUUUCGAUGCGCAAACGAAACAGUGAAGGACAUAUUUUCAAUCUCAACAGUAUUGUGAGCCAUCAUAGAAUGCCGAAUGAUUUGAUAGAAUGUAACAUGUACUUCUCUAGUAAACAUGCAUCUCUUGCUCUGACUAACACAGUACGACGUGAAGUAUCAAAAAUUAAGGCACCUAUUCGAGUUACCGGCAUUAGUCCUGGUACUGUAAAAACAAAUAUAGUUGCUCAUGAGGAUAGUUUGAAAGACUUUUUUGACAAAAAACAGUGCAUUCAACCGGAGGACAUAGCGGAUGCGAUCAUUUAUACUCUUGGAACACGAUCAAAUGUUCAGAUUACGGAACUCACCAUCCAACCUACUGGAGAAUUACUAUGAAGAUAUCUUCAGUUAUCAGUAAGAGGCCUGUCUGUUAAUACAUCAACAACUUUAAAAGAAACAAUUUUAAGCUUAUGAUAAAAUAAGAAACUUAG